UAUCUCAUUUCCUAGCCACCUCUUCAUAUACCCAAAUACUGCUGGUGUUGAUCUCUAUCUUUCCCUGGCCAAUUUGAAGUCCGAGGAAUUAUGGAUUUAAGAGGAGUUUUCCUUUAAGCUGAUGUCGACAGCUUGGAAUCAACAUUGUGGUGGGUCCUCCUGUAUAUGCCAUAACAAAACAAGGAUGGGAAUUCAAGCGAUGCAUAGCCAGCCUCUAUAUGCCCCACAAGCCAGGCCCAGCUAAACUCGAAGCGCCAGCUCAUUUUCUUUUAUACUCUAUUUGAGUAUGGAACUUAUUUUAAUAAGAGUUCUUCUAUACAAGGACCUACUGUACACGCAACCUCCCCACUCCGCCUACGUGGCAAUUUUUUAUUUUUUAUUUUUUAUUUUUUUUAGGGAAAACGCGGGCGUUUUGGUCAGAUUUUAGAUUUCAAUUCCAUACCCCCCCCCGCGUUCUUCAUUUGUGCUGUAUUCUCCCGCGUCCUCCCCCCUCCCCCCCCCGGUCGUUUUCCGUGAAGUCGAACGUUGGCCGGCGCUGGGCGGCGCUGGCCACACAGCAGGUGAAAAAUACGCCGGAAAGGGGGUUGUUGCAGCACUGUGGCACCGUGUGGGUCCAUCAUUCCGGCACGGUGUUGGGUCGGUCGGCUGGGUUUGAGUUAUUGCAGAACCCCGGUCGCGGUGGGCAAGGUGGUCCACGUCUGUCGACGGAAGUCGAGCGGCACAAACAGAACCGAGCGGAACUGUUCUAAGAGAAGGGAAUCGGGUCCACUAUCAACGUCGGCAGCAAUCCGUGGUGGUAAUCACCAAGCUCCGGCUGCUAUAUUUCCUUGCCUGAUUAGGGUAAUGUGGUGGUUGAGGGAUUUCUUAUGUUGAUGCAUUAUUCUUGUUCCCAAUUCUUAGUUCAACAAUCGUGAUGGGCAAAGAGGAAGAUGGAAGGCCACCCAGGCCAUCUACGUCGACUUCUACCACCCAUGUAGGAUACACACAGGGAUAUUAUGGUACUGUAAAUCCAUAUAAUCCGCCAUAUAUGAUGCCUUCAAAUACAUUUCCAAUUCCAUAUCCAUAUGCUUGGGGUAGCCAGUAUGUCGCAGUGCCACCCUUUGGACCAAACAUGGCAUCCUCAAUGGUGAGUAAGCCGAAGGAGUUGGGUCGAGAUGAAGAUACAAACCAGUAUGUGCCAAUGCGACCCUUUGGACCAAUGAUGCCAUCUCCUCCGUCGAGUAAUCCGGAGGAGUUCAGCCGAGGUGAACAUACCACGCAGCAGUAUGUGGCAAUGCCACCCCCCUUCGCAAUGCCACCAUUUGUCCCUUCGUUGGCAUCCCCUCCGUCGAGUAAUCCGGAGGAGUUCAGCCGAGGUGAACCCCAAACCAUGCAGGGGGUUGCGAUGCCACCCCCCUUCGCCAAACCAACCUUUGCACCUCCGUGUCCAUCCCCUCUGUUGAGUAUUCCUGAGGAGUUGAGAGGAGCUGAAGAUUCGACGCAAUAUUCCUCAUUGCCACCCUUUGGACCAACCAUGCCAUCCCCUACGUCGAGUAAUCCUGAUGAGUCGAGACGAGUUGAAAAUACAACUCAGCAUUCAACUAUGCCACCGUGCGGACCAAGCAGGCCCUACCCACAUUCAACAACUGAAAUACAUGUUGGAGAAACUGAACCUGAAAUAACUGAAUCGCCAGAUGCGGAGGGGAUGAAUGAUCUAUCAGAUGAUGAUGAGAAAGUUGACCCUCCAACAGCUGGUAUGAAAUUUCCAUCUGAUAAUGAGGUUUUGCUGUAUUACAAACGAUAUGCCAAACAAGAGGGUUUUGGUGUGAUUAUCAAACGGACAAAGAGAGAUCUAGAUGGGAAUGCCAAAUAUGUGACGAUUGGUUGUGCACGUGGGGGAAGGUAUUAUCCUAGCUAUAGUAAUUUAGCUAAGCCCCGAGCAACGACAAAAACCGAUUGUAAGGCAAAAGUAAAUGCUCGGGUUGUGAAUGGUGAAUGGGUGUUGACCAGUGUUGAGCUGCUUCACAACCAUAGUACUGUUAGCCCAAAGAAAUCUAGAUUCUUUAGAUCUCACAGAGUUUUAGAUGAAUACAGUCAGAGGAUGCUCGACUUGAAUGACAGAGCGGGUAUUCGGAUGAAUAAAAAUUUCCAAGCACUUGUGACUGAAGCUGGGGGGUUUGAGAAUUUGGAGUUCCAAGAGAAAGAUUGCAGGAAUUAUAUCGACAAAGCCAGAUAUUUAAGAAUGGGUAAAGGGGGUGGUGAAGCACUGAAUGACUACUUUACGAGAAUGAGGAAAAUGAAUGAUGGGUUUGUGUCCGUCAUGGAUGUGGAUGAUGAGUUUAGAGUCAGGAAUGUGUUUUGGGCUGACGCACGAAGUCGGGCAGCAUAUGCGGUUUUUGGAGAUGUUAUCACUUUUGAUACUACGUACCUAACAAAUAGGUACGGAAUGCCGUUUGCUCCCUUCGUUGGAGUCAACCAUCAUGGACAGUCCAUACUCCUGGGGGCAGGGUUGAUUUCAAGCGAGGAUACAAGUACGUUUGUUUGGUUGUUUGAAGCAUGGUUAGAAUGCAUGAACGGACGAGCACCUCAAGCCAUCAUAACAGACCAAGACCGUGCAAUGAAGAAUGCCAUUGGUAUUGUAUUCCCGCAAACAAGGCAUAGAUACUAUCUCUGGCAUAUAAUGCUGAAAUUGCCAGAGAAAUUGGGAUCCCACGGUGAUUACGACGCAGGGUUGAAGGCCAACAUUCAGAAUGCAGUCUAUGACACACAGACUUGUGAUGAAUUUGAGGAGAAGUGGCAGCAGCUAAUGAAUAAGUAUGACCUAAUGGGAAAUGCAUGGUUGGAGGGGUUGUACACGGAGAGGUCUUUUUGGGUACCGGUUUAUUUGAAAGGUGUAUUUUGGGCAGGGAUGAGCACUACCCAGCGGUCUGAAAGCAUGAACGCCUUCUUCGACGGAUAUGUCCAUUCCGGUACGACGUUGAAAGAAUUUGUCGAUCAAUAUGACAAUGCUUUGCGGAAGAAGGUGGAGACGGAGACGGCAGCUGAUUUCCAAUCGUGUAACCAAACGAUCCCAUGUGUUUCGUCAUUCAAAAUUGAGAGACAGUUCCAAUCAUUGUAUACAAAUGCUAAAUUUAAAGAGGUUCAAUCCGAGGUUUGGGGGAUGCUUUUAUGUAACCCUUCGCUUGUCAGCACACAAGGCAGCAUUUCCACUUUCGAGGUGCUCGAAGAGAUUUCCACCCCCGAUGGACAAACCAAAAUUGUGAAAUACAACGUUUACUUGAAUGAAGAGGAAUUCGAAAUUAAAUGCACUUGUGGCUUGUUUGAAAUGAGGGGGAUUAUCUGUAGGCAUGCAUUUAAAGUCUGUCAACUGAAGUACAUUCAUCACGUGCCAGAUAAAUAUGUCUUAGAUCGAUGGAGGAAAGACAUAAAGAGAUCUUACAGGCUGGUUAAGAGUAGCUAUGAUGAUUGUCGGGCCAAUACGGAUUCACGGCGGCAUGACGUUGUUGUUAAACGAUGUCUACGAUUUGCUCGACGUGUACCAUGGAAUGAUGAGCAUGUUAGUUCUUUCUUUCAGCUGUUGGAAGAGUUUGAGCAGAAGGUAGUAGGAUUACAGGCUGAGUCAGGAUCAACGAGGUUGAAAUCGACUGUCGAUGCCGAUAGAGGUAAGAAAAUAUUAAGUCCACUUGUUAUUCGUGGGAAGGGGAGACCGCCAACUCGGAGAAAGGUCCCAAUGGUCGAGAAGGCUGGGAGGAAGCGAAAGAAGAAACAGACUUAUAAGAGAAUAUUUGUGGAGGAAGACCAAAUGGGCCAUCCUAUGCCAGCAGAAGAAGUUGCCGGUGGUAUUGACGAGGUUGUGCUCCCAACCCAGUGUAGUAAUCUAACACAAGUAACACCUCCAGCCACUGAGCAGGUUUGAGCAUAGGUAUUAUGCUACGCCAAUCUUGCCCCAUGGACUUUAGCAUAUACACUAACAGAAUUUUGGUUACUAGUUUCACAAAUGUUUGCAGUAUCCAUGAUUGGUUGGCACUUGUCGGUAAGUUUUCUCCAAUUUUGCUAUGCGGGAGAAAAUUUCCAGCAGUUGGAGACUGCAUGUUUUUUUCCCCCAUAUGUUCCAUUACUACUCCAUUACAUCCAGCAUCCAUUCAGUAUGCUUUAUUGUCAACGAAUGCAUUUAUUGUGCAAGAAUGCAUUUGUUGGGUGGGUAUAAAAAUUAGACCUUUAAGUUGCUAAUUUAUCCUUUUUCUAUGCAUGUAUAUAAUCCAAUUCCCUCUGGCACCUCCAGGAACUCCUUUGGUGUUGGGUACAUGAUUUUCCAGCCUUUAACAGUUUUAUGGUUGUGCACAUGCAGUGUUGUAUUUUGUGGGAGAGAUGAGCAUCAUCAUCUUGGUCUUCUACCUUUGCAUUGAAUUGUGGGGAGUGUAGCGAAUAUUAUCUGAAGCUCCGACCAUUAUGACGUCAAACAUAACAUACCAAUGACACUAUAUGUUAUAUUUAUCGGGGAAAACACAAGCUUGCGUUGGGAUCAUAAUAUCCUUUGAAUAUUUCUGCAUGUUACAUUUUUUAUAUUGCUACAUGGUGUUCUGUUAUUGUGACUUGUUCUAAUUCUUCUUUGCAUGCUAAUUUGGUAAUGUUGGUCUAUUAUUGCAGUUUUUGGAAAUGGGUGGCUUUUUGGGAUCCAGAUCAACUAUGCUAAAUUUGUACAGGUCUGGAAAUAGAGGUAUUUUCACACAUGGUAUCCGUGUGCGUGGUAUGGUUGGGGGAUUUUGUAUAGUGACCUGAGUAAAUGCAUCC